GAGAAACCAUGGCAGUAAAGACAAAAGGAGAGAGGAGUCGGCGACGAUGGCGCUGCUCUCCUCGGCCGCCGCUCCCCCGUCGGCACGACGCCCCACCGGCCCGCUCCUCUCCUUCCUCCUCCCGAGCCUAAGGUGCUCGCUGAACCCUAGCGCUCGUAUCUCUUCUGCCCUCCAAAGAGAAGCGCCGGCAAAAUCCCUGUUCUUGUCGUCGGAGGUUCGAUACCUUCGGAAGCGACGUGGAUCCCCUCGCGGCGACGUCCGAACCGCCGCCUCCCACCUUUGCGAGCAAGAAAGGCCGGCCUUUGAUAGGAGUUUCCUCUCCGUGGGGGAAGCCAUGUCGGAUGACGAGCUCUGGGCCGCCAUCCGCCUCCGGGUUCGCACCUUCUACAAUUUCAACGAGUCCUACGGUAUCGAGGAUUAUAAGGCAUCUGUGGCCAAAAGGGAGUUCGAAGGUCUGAAAGAUCGCGUUGCUGGGAAAACCAUGGGAUUUAGAAAAGCUUCUUGCAUCAAUGCUACUCUGCCAGUAUCAGCAUAUGGAGGCUCCAUAGAUGAACUCUGCUCUAUAUGUAAGUUUUCAAAAAAGAAAGGAGACCGAGUAGUUGUUGGAACCUUAGAUAUCAAUUGGUGCCUUCAAAUGCCUGAUGAAUUGACAGGAAAGCGACCUGAGGGGCUUGGAGCCGACCUCACAAGGGCAUAUUUAAGUAAUGUAUGUGUUGCCAAGGAGUUGCAAAGAAAUGGCUUGGGCUAUGCAUUAAUUGGAGAAUCUAAAACAGUUGCUCACUCUUGGGGCAUAACUGAUCUAUAUGUUCAUGUUGCGGUUGACAAUGAAGCAGCACAAAAAUUGUACAAUAAGAGUGGUUUUAUUUAUGAAAGCGAAGAGCCUGCUUGGCGAGCUAGAUUUCUUGGCAGGCCUCGGCGAUACUUGCUUUGGACUGAUUUAGGAAGACAACGUCAGGGCUCGGAGACUCAUCAUAUGGUUAAAGUGGUAGAGAAACCAUGCCAUCGACAAGCAGUGAAGAUAUCUCGAAGCUCGCGUAGGUCUUUCUCUCUCUCUCUCACUCUCUCUCUCUCUCUGUGGUGAUGGGAUGCUUGGACAAAGGGUGUGUCAGGGGAUCGUACUGCCUCUCACGAGCGACGACUCUGCCCACGUGCACAGGAUUGAUUGGAUGUACACUUGAGUUCUUCUCUCAUCACAUGCAUCUUGUCCAUUCCAACCCUAAUGCCUGCUGCAUGCAUUAUUUUGUAUUUUUCAAGUAAUAUUUUAAUUUCUUUGACAUAUCAUCAUGACUGAUCCAAUUUUUUGAGUGAUAGACAUGAUCCAUCCAGUUUAGCUAUUUCUCAUGAUCAGCUAACUCAAAAUGCAUGACUUGCUUGAAUCUAACUCUUUCCAAGUAAUAUGGAAGAAGGAAAAUAGCUAAAAGAUUGAGCUGGUUGAAGCCGAGUCCUGUGCAAGGUCAGAAUAAUAUGAACUUGACUAUUUCAAAGUCGUGGGGAUUCACAUUUCUGGUUCUCUGCAUCGCAAUCAUUACAAGUUUUAUUUAUUUAUUUAUUUAUUUACAGUGGAUGAGAAAAGCUGUAGACUAUGAGGCUCAGUGAACAGUGUUGAGGUAUUUCGGGACAUGACAGAUCAUGACAUGUCUUGUGUAGCAGCAGCUCGCUGUGAGUGAGCGGGCAAUGUCCUGUUCUCAGUUCACGUGUUCCUGUAGUCUCUUGUGCCCGGAUAUACUUGUGCUGUUACUUGCAGGUUUGCUGGCACAAAGACACAGUGGAUAAUUGCACUGGGAAAGAUGAAGCGACGAGGUCAUGGUGUUCGUCUUGGAUUCAAAAGGAACAGGGCAUCGAAGGGCCAAAUAUUAUUGUAUGCCUUGCAUCAUGGUAGCUGCAGUGCUCAUGCUCGGUUUGGCCUAGCUUAUCAUAAAAUUCAUAGCCGGAGGAGCCUCACAGUGACAGGCUAAAGUAGCUUUCUAGGGGGUGUAAGCUUGCAAUCAAAGACAUCGUACUAUGUAUUUUAUGCAAAUGCAUAGUUAAAGAAAAGCUCUGAUUUGAUUAUUA